AUGUUAACUCCACUAUUUUCCCUUUCUCAAACCAAUGAUGAACUUAUUAUGGAUCUUCGCAUUCCUCUGGCUGAUUUAAGCCUUUCCGAAUUCCUUAUCGAAGACGAUACUUUAUACUUUACAGCUCCACCUUACUAUCUAAAAAUGAAGCUUCCAGGUUCCGUUUAUGAGGAUGAAGACCAUAUCAAAUUCGAAAUAGAUUCGGGCAACCUGAAGGCAAUUAUGGCGAAAACCAAUCCUGGCGAGCAUUUCAAUGAUUUGGACCUCAUUUCGAGAUUUAUGGUAACUCCUAAGGCUAAUAAUACGCAGAAAGUCGGAAUUCAAAUUUUGGAUGCUUCUGAAGAAGCCGCAGAAGGUGCAACAGAAUACAAUUGGUUUGCAGUACCAUUUGAUCAUACCGUCUCAGAUGCCGUAGAAGAUUGCGAAACCGCGAUUGGUAUUGGUGUUAUAAAGUACCCAUAUGGUUUUGCUGCCUCAAAACUAGGACUAUUCGAAAAGAAUAGUGAAGCUCAAUUAGUGCUGGAUCUGAAAUAUGCUGACUUCGUUCCUCCUCAUAAAAGGCACGCUUUGCAACGAGAGGCGUUACGAGGGCAUUUUUACAAGGAUCAUUACAUGGCAGAUUAUUUUGAGAAAGAAGUUGUUGCCCCAGCAAUGGAUCAGUCGAUUCCCUGGACCGCUAACCAACAGGCUCGACCCGAGUUUACCGAUGACCAUCGUCAUCGGUUGACAGUCCUCGCAACACACCCCCUCCCACUUCUUCCUCCCAUCCAAUCUUCAGAUGAUGAAAUUGUUGAUCCAUGCAAUUCACGAAUGUCGAUUUAUCUUGGCUUAGUUGAUCUGCUGCUUGCCUACACGUAUGACUAUCGGGUGACAAUGGGUGAACAUAACUGUGAGUCCGGAUGGACAAUCAAAAAGGUGUCUGGCACGCUAUCUUGGCUUGAAAUUUUUCCCAAUCUACAGACAGUCGUUCUUACCUUCUAUGAAAGGGCUCUUACCUAUCCCCUUAUUCGCAACUUUGAACUCUGUCGAAGCGUCUGUUGUGACGUUACUGCUCUUCUUCUGCAUGAAAAUGCGAAAGGCUGGAUCCUCUUUGCUCUCCUAGAAAUUAGACACAUGCUUAUUGAAUAUCCGGGAUAUUACUUUUAUGCCGAGCUCUAUCUUGACGAUUAUAUUGUUUGGAUUCAAAAGUCGGCAAGGUUCGUUUUUCACAUUUUGUUAAUUGCUUUUGGCUAA